GCCACGUGCGGCAGUGAUGUAUCGAUGAGCACGCGCUCAACUAUCUCAGUGAUUUGAUCCAAGCAUCAAUCUGCCAUCGAGCUCUAGCUCGAACAGCCAGCACGAGGAUGGCGCCCAACGAUUUUGACUUGCGUAUGCAGUCCCCUCGCCCGGAAACGCCCGAGCCAUCAUCGAAGCAGGGCAGGCGAAACGCCCAGUUCAAUGAUGCCCAGUUGCUUGACGCCGACGGUGCAAUUUCUGACAAGCUCGAACGCUGUCUUCGUCAUAUUUUCGCCAAAUAUUGCACGCCGCGCCCGCCGCGCCCCCAAAAACACGACUCUACGACUCUCCUCACGCCCCCUGAUGAUGCGAUUCUUGACGCCGCAGGGCUAGACGCGUGGGCAGAAGACACGAAUGGCGCACCGUUUAGUGAAGAGACUAAAGAGGAGCUCAGAGAAUUCUUGGACGUCACUGAAGAAGGCGAGCUGACGUUCAAAGGCUUCGCGCAGAUAUAUCAGCUGCAGACAGAGAAUGAUGAGGAAGAAACAUGGAAAGAUUUGUCAAACCACGGAUUUGAUCGUACCCUCACCCUUGUUUCAACGCGUCGGGAGGAAGAGGCUGAGAGCAGUCAUAUGCCUCUUUUCAUGCCAUGACGAGACCACAAAAACGUGUACAACCCUUGGUACAUUUUGAACAUACUAACCACAGACUAGCCAUGACCUUACGAUGCCCAUGACUUCAUUACUUAUCUACCUCCGUAUUCACGACUUCGUCCGAUCUUUCGAACAUUCCAUAUUUUAACCCACCUGCUGGAUGAUGUUCACAUACU